CAAAAAAGUUAACGAUCUGAUUAUGUAACUCUUCAUGUUGUGUUAGAUGCAAACAAAACGCAGCACUUUCAAACCUUUUCUUUUUAUCAAGUAUUUUCACAUUGUGAAAAUUCAAUUAAAACAUGAAAACUCUGCCAUAAUUGAAAAGCUCAUUUUUGGAUACUAUUGACCGACUUCUAUAUUGCUGCCAACAUAUAGUGGAAAAAGAAGGAAAAAAGAGAUCGAGGCGUGUUUUGUGACAGCCGAGCGUCUUCAAGAUGAGUUACUCCAAGAGUAAAUACGUGGACGAUUCCCUGAUGGAAGAUGUGUUUAACAAAUUGAACAGACUGGGCAAGUAUGCAUCCAGACAGGAACUGCUGGACGAGAUCAGAGACCUCAACUUAGACUUAGAGAGGGAGAAGAAGAUGUUGGAGACUUACAGACACCGCUAUGAGGCGAAGCAGGGCGAGAGUUUCAGUCUCACUAAGAAUCUCGACUCGGUCAAGGAGUACCAGGGUUCGCUUAUGAAGGAACACAAGGAGUUGGAGCAGAAGUACGAGCAGCUGAAGAAGCAGAAUGAGCACCAGAAGACAGACAUCCAGGUGUUGAAGAAGGAGCUCGACUCCAAGGAACUCAGCUACUUCCUCAACCGCAGGAGAUUCAUGGACACCUUGCACGUCAGUACAGACGACAGGUGGCUGCGUGAGCAUGACUUGGAGAGAUCGAGUGGGUCCAAGUACAAGUACUGGCACUGGAGGCCCUGGCUGUACAGACACUACAGGGACCUGUAUGACAAGUACUAUCCCUCCACCUCCUACGAUCCCAGCUGGUACUACACCCCCUCUCCAUAUUCACCCUCCUCCGCCUCCGCCUCCGCCUACGUGUCGUCCCCCUACUACCCCUACUACUCUUCACUCUAUAGAUACCCCUAUUCCUCAUACUAUAGCAAGUACUCCUGGCCAUACUAUUCGAGCUACCUGGCUGGCAGUGGCUACUACUCUGGCCUGGACACCACCGCAACCAGUGGUGACUGGACUCUUAGAAGGAAGUGGGACCUGGAAGACAAAAUGAGUUCCAUCCAAAGGAUGACUGAUGACCUGAAACUGAACAACUAUCGCAUGCUCAAAGACCUCAAGAGUGUCAAGUCCGCCAUUGACCUCUAAUAGAGGGGGGGGGGGGCAGAACUCACCAUGGACCCUGCGGUUACAGGAAUACGAACUGAAUGAAAGUUGAAACAGAGUUCUUUUCCACGGAUUGUUUUCAGGAAUUUAUCAAUUUUAGAGCUUGUAUUCGGAAGUUUUUAAAGUGUACUAGAAAAUUCCCUUAUUUGAGGUUUUCCCUAAUCUGAUUAUGGAAUUUAUGAUAAAGCGUUAAGUGUCAGCCUUGGUUUUGGUUAAGCUUAGCGAGAAUUUUUACAAAUAAUGAU